GGAGAUCUCCAGCUGGCUUUCUUCUUGGUCUGACUUUCUCUUUCAGUACAUAUCUUGUCAACUAUCCAAUCUCCAAUAGCCAACAUGGUCUUGGGAUGGUCUUCCAGAACUGCUUUACCACCCACAGUUGGGUCAACAGAUGGAAGGAAUGGUCAUGAUCACACCUCUCCACACUGUGUUUGUGUGGCCCGAUUUCUUUCUCUUCCAACCCGUGCUCGAUAAACAUGUGAGACAAUCCUCCUCAACUUUCAAAAUGAGUUCCCAAGAUUCAACACCCAAGUCACCAAGACUUCACCACAUAGAUACAUCAUCUAACGGCGGUGUCUCUGGACCUUUCUGGGACUCAAACGAGCGUUGCUUUUGGCUGAUGAAUAAUCGUCAAGUCUACACGCAUCCUGAAAAUUACAGCGGAAGUUCCGCAUGCGCAACUAUCGCGUCCGCAAACCCUGAUUCUGCUUACCCAUCUGGCUGGUCCAGGGGUCAACGCACACGAUCACUAUCAGGUUCUGACAAUUCACCGAAUUCAGCAUCACACGAAUCCAAGCGCAUUCGCCCGGAGUCCCUUGGCAGUGCACCCCCAAAGAAUGCAGAAUCCAAACAGCCUUUGCGUCAGGGUACUCCGGAACAACAACGCAAGUUUCCCCAAUACGAUUUAUCCAAUCUUCCACCCCCACCCCCGUUUCCUCCUCAGAGAUCCCAUUCGGUUCGUUUUUCCCCAGAUAUAUCUUAUUCGGAUGACCCUGUGAAGAAACAUAACCCAGGAGCUUCCGUGCCCAGCUUCCCUCAACGCUCUCAAUCCGUCCGCAUCUCAAACGAGCACGAUCAAGGCUUCACUCGCUCCAGAAAUCCAUCCCCCUCCUCUCCCCCAUCUUCCUCUUCACAUCCCCACCAUAAACCCCUUCCCACCCGUCCCCAAUCAUUCCCCGCCUCAACCUCAACCUCAACCCCAACAUCAACAUCAACAAAUCCACCCACAAAAUCCCCCUCCCCUCUCCCCACCCACUACAGCACGCAUCCCCCAACCACCCGCUACACCCCACCCCACUACCUCCGCGACCCCGAACACGAAGACGAAGAUUUUUCCUCUCCCUCCUCCGCAUCCUCCGCCUAUUCCUACUCCAAAUCCCCCUCCUACUCACACCACCGCGCCCCCUCUUCCCGCGACCGCCACGAAUCCCAACGUCAGCGCACACACCACCGCCGCAUCGAAUACGACUACGACACCGAUACCGACCUCUCCGACCAGAAAGAAAAGAAACUCAGAAGACAGAAACGCACGCGUGAACGGACGCCCGACGAGCAGAAGAAACACGAGAAAACUCUGAAAAGUAUUGGAGAGACGGGAAGAGGAGAUAUGGGGCGAGCGGUUUUGAUGGGGGCCCUCCCUCUCGCGUGUUUUUUGGCGAGAUUAGCAGCUUGAUGUUUUUUUCGCUCCUUCUUUUUCUCUCCCCUUUUUCUCUAGCUCUCUGGCUUGCUCACACUCGUUUACGUAUGAUUGGUUGGGUUUUGGGCUUUGGUACUAGGAGGUUAGGUUUGACUUGGGAUUUAUGAAUAGAUUGUGGAUUAGCUGGCGAGGUGUUGGAGUUUGAGUGUGUCUAUAUAGUCAUCAUACAGCAACCACUCUUUCAGCGAUUCAGAACAACAAUAGAAAUUACAUACUUAUUUCGAAGAACCUA